AUCGACUGGUCCUCCCCCGCGCGGGAUGACUCGCUUCCUUCAAUUUCGUGUCAGCGCUGGAGUGCCCUGAGCCUGUCAUCGAAUCUUUAAAAACACCCUUGACAUUGUGUUAAUUCUCGCAGAUGGUCUUUUACGCGGAACAUGGCUGCUUUGACCCUCGAAUUACGAAGUGGCGACGAGGAAUCGAUCGAGUGUUGGGAUGACGAUGAAGACCUGCAAUGCUAUGAGGGAUUCCAGCUGCGCGCGGCAUCAAGUGCGACCUCUGUGACAAACUCAUCGGCCCAUCAUUCAGCGCAUCGGGACUCCAUAUCUUCUCGUCGCUCUGCACGCUCUGAUUUGGAAUCAAACGGCGGUGGCGAUGAGGACUGGCAAGUCCAGUUGCUGGACAAUGAUGAGGUGAUCAAUGAAGAGGCUGUUGCCUCUGCCAAAAAUGCCGGAAUACCUCUGCCUAUAAAUGUCCCUAAAUCAGCCCUUGUUGGUGGUACCAUCAAACGCCUUGGGCGGAGGAAAACAAACACAAACACGGUCGACGAUUGGGCUGAUGACGUGGAUUUUCCUGGUCCCGACGGAAUACUGCAGUUGAGAGGGCCUUUGGAUACGUCUUUUCCUGAGGCGCUACGACAAGUCAGCUCCGCUGCAGUGAGUCCUAUCAAAACAUCGGCGUUAGCUACAUGGGAUAAUGACAUCUCAACGCGACUACAACCGGCCUUGUCAAUCCCGGAAAUCCCCCGAAUGGACGACGUUACGGACGACGCUCAUGAUGUCCCUACAAUCAAAGUUGCGAGACCUCGUUCGCCGGGCAGGCCCUCGCUUUUCAAUAAUUUCAUGCUUCAUAAGGACUACUGUUCAGGGGACGAUUUCGAGCAAGACUUUGAAUUGCCAAACGGUGAUCUACCGUUGCGACUUACUCCUCGCAAGGCCAGUGCAGGGCCUCUGAGCCCUUCUACGGAAGAAAUCGAGUUAGAUUGGUCCGAAGGCAGUAUUGGGGUCCGGUUUGGUGGGAUCACUAGCGAGCAUCGAUCGAACCCGUCAAUUAUGUCUGUUGUGAGCCCGAGCGCUUCUAGCUGUCUCACGGCUGAAAGUGAAGACGACGGCCUCGAUGGUCUCGUUAUUCCUGAAGAGCCUUUAGACUUAGAAUCUUAUUUCAAAAAACGGGGAGGGCCUGUAGAUCAGGACCUGGCUUGCGCAAAGCCUCCUUGUGUCAGUCAAGCUUCAAACAAGAGUGACGAUUUUUUUUCCGGACUUGAGAUUGAGGACGGACUAUUUGAUCCUCAAAGGCUUUCGAUAAACCCGAAUAUCAAGUGCAAACCCGAAAACUCUCGAAGUCCUGUGCGACACUCCACCACGACUCUCACGUUCACUAACAUGACAACAUCUCCUAAAUCUCGGAUUCCGCGUCUAUCCGGUCCCGAUCGCCCACACUCGACACAUUUAGAGACUGUCUCCGAGAGUGGUGCGCCUCUUUCACAGUUCAGAGAAUUACAGACCCUAGUUGGGAACCAUUCAGCACAAUAUUCUGUGUCCAGCCUCCCUUCUGUUCAGCAAUCUUCGACGUCUCAUCGACGGCACACAAGUCGAAUGAACAAGGAACCUUUUGCAAGCGACGGUGUCCCUUUCGGCAGGUAUCUGGCCUCGAAGCGUUCAAUGCCAACAAUGCGUGAUGCACAGCACAGCGCCACGUCGCCCUUGGGUCAAUGUCUUUCCACCUACUCGGAUGUCUCAAGUUCAUUGUCCAAAUCUAUGCACCGUCCUAAAACCCCAGUAGAUCGCUUGGGGCACGACGUGAAACAGCUCAUGCGAAAAGCACAAGUGCCAUUCAUCCCCGCUGGAGCGUCAGAAAAGCAGUCGCACCAUGCAAGCCUUAAAAACCACCGUCAAAAUCGUCGAAAUAAUUUUGACAGUUCGAACGAUUCCUUCUUUACAAGCUACGCCGCUCGAUCCUCGCGAAAUUGUCACGACAUGUUUAGGAGUCAUUCUGAAUCUAGUCCAGAGGCCUUGACCACUGUUACUAAACGGACACUCACUCGGCCAACUCGACGGCGGAAUUUUGGAGAUGGAUCGGAAUUGGCUCUGUUCGAUGAUUUGCCUACAUCUACCUCUGCGGAAAGUAAAUUUGUGAAGCAUCCCUCCGGACGGGGUGUCCCACGAUCAUUCAGAAAUAAGCUGGGUCGCAACCCGACUGUUUCUCCCAAAGCAGACGCAAUCUCCCGGUCAACCUUCAGUAACUUGGGCGUAUCUGUCAACUUCGAUAAUACCCCCAGAUUUGCACGAGACACUAAUGCAUCAAGAAAUGCGAGGGAACAGCGCAUAGCCUCUUUGUCAUCUAAUUCCAGACUUCGCGAGAGCCAUCCACUUCCUCCUCUUGGCUCGAACGCUAGAACCUCCAAUAUCUCCCGGAUGCCUUCCAGCUCGGUUGCUAGCAGAGGCAAGAAGGGUAAAGCUACUGCGCUACAUGUUUCUAGGCCCCAUCUAAUUAAGCCACUGGGCACCGGUGUACAGGAGGCCAAGUCGAUUAAUGGUAUGCAAUACAAUCCGAAAUCCUUCUCUUGGGAGGGGAAUGAGAGCUCUGUUCGUGCCUUUGAGACAAGUGCACCAAAAUCUCCAAAGCCAACACCCGCUCUCAUCACAAAUAUCGGAGCCAUGCAGAAUGUGCAGGUUGUUGGCGGGAUGGUAUUUGACCCGCGACGUAUGUGCUGGCUGAAACUGGCGCUGUCGCAGCCUGGGCAGGAUGGAUUGGUAGCUGUUCAGGACGAAGAUGAUGUCUUUGCUGGUCUCGAUGACUUGAAAGAAAGCUCUGGCAUGAUAGGUGGGCGAUCAUCAACUAAUCAUGAGGACCUUUGCCUUGCAGCAAGCGGAGACGACCGAAGCUACGGCGACUCCUCAGACGAAUGGCCCAUGACGGAGGAGUUUGAUGUUGGGCCCGAGUUCAUCAGGAGACAGCGCGCUGAGGAAGAGAAAUGGAGGCGCAAGGUGGAAAAAUGGACGAGUCUUGAUUGUGCAAAGCUCGGAGAUGGCUGGAGAUGGGCUAUCCGAGAUCUGGUACGCUUUAACGGCACUGUCAAUACCCCGGACGUUCACCAUAUAUGAGAGGCUAUUUCCGCGGUUGCGGCCAAGGGUAGGCCGGUAGAUCGAGAUACCACAUCUGCAGCGGUGCGACUCAAUUCUGCUGCCACGUGAUCAAAAUCUGUGUCCACAGCGUGCCCGUCGCAUAAGGCCCUA